CCUGGUUGGCUCACCACAGACUUGUAAGAAAAAGGCGCCACACGGGUCUAUUUUUUACAUGUGUACUGCCCAACUUGUGCACAAGUGUAAUAUUAACCAGCAAAAAAGUCACUAGUUCAUUUUUAACUUGUGCACUUGUGCACUGGUGUAUCUGAAAUAGUGACAAAAUGGCGUCACCUCAUAACCUGAAAAUUUAAUUGCGGUAACAAUCAUUGUCAGAGUCAGCUAGAGUGUCGCUUGAUAAAAAAUCCUAUUUGUUAAAUAAUUAUCUAAAAUAAUAAUUGUGUUCAUCUUAAUAAAAAUAAUCGCUUUUAUUACAAUCUUAAGUACAAACAAUGUGAAUUUUCUUAAAUAAUAAUACUGAUUUAAAUAGGAUAAAAUAUUUCUUUUUAGUAUAUUUUAUAAACAAUAAAAAUAUGAACUUUAUUAAAGUGUCAGACGAGAAAUUUUCUGUAAAGCUGCCUGUAAAAAGAAACAAAAUAUCAUUGCAAACUAUAAAAUCUUAUUUUCCUGGUGCAAGCAGCCUAACGUAUUAUGACAAAUCCGAUAAAUGUGGUGUUGAACUGUGCAACGAAGAAUUUGAGUUAGUCCAGGGUAUCAGCGAGUAUGAAAUUUAUUAUGCUAAUUCCUUGAAAGAAAACAAUCAAAACGGUACUAAAAAGAGAAGAAUCCAAGAAAUAAUGGAUAUAAUUGAAGGCAAACCCGACGAAAAUUUCGCACCUCAGGAUCUGCAUAACAAUUCAGUUCAAAACGAAAAAAUUAGUAGGAAAUUUCUGUACAUUGCUUGGAAACAUAAAACUGAAGCAAGCGAACGGUUCUACAAGCAAAUGCGAGAUCCAGUAGGGGGCAUCAAGAAAAUCGAGCUUGAUCAAAAUAAAGAAUAUUUCUAUGAAGAUAUUCGUAAAUUAGCACUUGCUGCUAUGAGGAACAAUUACAAUGCUGAUACUCUUGAUAAUUCAACGAUCAGAUUAGCAACUAACGAAGAAGAAAUUGAAGAUCAAUUUACAGAUGCCAAAGGAAAAAAAUUUUCUAGGGAUGUCAACAUGAACAAAGUUGAUGGAGGAUUGAUUCCUCAAAAAUCGAACUUGAAUCAACAUUCAUCCUCACUAAAGUUAACUCAAUCAGCAUCUAAAAAUGUCAUCUCGUUAUCCCACAGAAGAAGUGGUCCAUCUAUAAUACUUGGUACUUCUUCACGUGUUCAUAAAUCAGAAGAUGUUGCAAUUAUCGGUUCAGUUGUUAAACGUGGAAACUCAGUUCAGCGUGUUCAAUCAUCAGCGCCUACCAAUGACGUUAUUGAACCUGUGUCUUUGUCUGUACCGAUCAUUGAAGAAAAUGAACUUGAAUUCACAGAAAAAAUUCUCGGGCGAGGUACUUUUGGCUGCGUCAUAUUAUCUAAGUGGAUUAAAAAUGGAUCUGAUGUUGCCGUCAAAAAAAUUCGAGUACUAAAUAACCAAAAAUAUUUGAUUCGUGAAAUGCAAGCUAUGGACAUUGUUAGACAUCCAAAUAUUGUUGCACUAAUGGCUGUAUGUCACACGGAUGAUUAUGUUUACAUCGUCAUGGAGUAUUUUGGAAGUACUAGCUUAAGAUAUUUCAUUAAUAAUCGCCCUGUAGAGUUAGAGUAUCCACAAAAAAAAAACGAAAACUAUUAUAUUUGCUUGCAAAUAAGCAAAGCAGUAUCUUAUCUUCAUGGAUUAACCCCUAAUAUAAUUCAUAAAGAUAUUAAAUGUGAUAAUAUUUUAGUCAACAAUCACUUAGUAAUAAAGCUAUGUGAUCUAGGACUUAGUAAGAUUUGUGAUACGUCAUCCACAUCUGCACUAAACACUACCGUUGGUCAUAAUUUCAGAGGCACUCCAAUGUAUAUGGCUCCAGAAAUUUUAAUAGAUCAGUUACCAGCAACAACUUACUCAGAUAUUUGGGCAAUGGCCUGUUGUAUCAUUGAACUUUUUACUGAAGAUAAUGUGUGGACUGUGAAACCUGUUUUAACAAUACCCAAUCUGCGUCAAGUAGUGCUGGAUAAAAAGAAGCCAGAUUUAGAGCUUAUUCCUAUAAGUAUUAAAAAUAUACUUAGCGAGUGUUUUAAUCACGAACCCACUGAGGCCAACUGCAUUGAGAUUAAUUGA